CGGACUGGUGGUGGGGCCAUUAACAAGCAGGCAGCACUUGCUCGAGCAGACCGUUGUCCGAAGUGGAGGACGCUUUCUGUCGCUUAAACUCAGCUUUAAAGUUAACUCGAAAAUAUAAAUUUUUGGUUUUUAACCACUUGUUUAGCUUGCUGGAGAAGAAAAGCAGUUUUGACUGGUUACAAGGACGACUUUUGCUUCGCAGCGAGACCCAGGUCUUGACAUUCGUCAGAGAUGUUUGACAAGCAGCCCUACGAUAGUCCGCCAGUCUACACCCCACCUUCCAACAACGGUUUUGGAGCACCAGGGAGCUUCAAUGCUCCCCUCAGUGACUACAAUGCCUACCCUCCUCCGCCUGGAUCCUACUACAUCGAGGAUAAGCCGCAGCACUUCUACAAAUGGGUGUCACCUCCUGGGAUCAUCAAGGCCAUGAUGGCUGUCGUCAUUGUGCUGUGCGUGGCCAUAUUUGCUUGUGUGGCCUCCACUCUCAUGUGGGACAUGCAGUAUGGUGGGUAUGGAAAUGGCUACUAUGGAUCCGGGACUGGCUACGGUAAUGGAUAUGGCAUGGGAGGAAGCUAUGGAACAGGAUAUGGCAAUUAUGGGGGCUAUGGUAACUACGGCUCCUAUAUUUCCCCCUACUCGGCCAAAACUGCAAUGAUCGCCAUGGCAGCCAUUAACUUCAUCGGUUCACUGGCUUUCUUCAUCGCCAGUUUCUCUAAAUCCGCCGCAAUCCGCAGCAGGAAGUACUUUCUGGCACUUCUGAUAGCGAGUGUCAUCAUGGCUGUCCUGCAGGGCAUCAUAAACAUUGUGUAUAUAGUUGGAGUAAACCCCAAUGCACAGGGUUCGUCCAAUAUGAUAUACAAUCCCAUGCUGAUGAUGUGCCAGAGUCUCUAUCAGACGGGCUACUCUCAGAUGGGAGGGGUGGGAGGCUUCCCAUUACAGAACCCAUACCUCUACCAUUACUGCUUUGUGGACCCUCAAGAGGGAGUUGCCAUGGUGUGUGGAUUCCUGAUUGUAAUCGCCUUGGCAGUUGCCGCUUUUUUUGCACACAAAACAAGAGGGAAGAUCUGGCGCUACGGCAAACCCAACAUCUUCUGGGAGCAGCCUCUUGUCGGUGGGAAGGCAUCAGAGGGCAGAGACGUAGAGGAUUGGGUGAACAAUGUGGAGGAAAACCGCAGUGUUCAGGAUGCCCCAACCCUGCUGGUGUCAGAGAAAGGAGGCGGUCAGCUUAAUGCUUCAGUGAACAGUGUCAUCUCCUACCCCCCAGCCAAGGUGGACAACAGCUCCUUCAAUGGGGACACCUAUAACAACAAUGAAUACUCUGAGCGAACCCUCAGCCGACCAUCAGACGUGUUUCUCCAUGGUGGGAGGACCAGCUCCAGUCCCUCAGAGGAGACAGGCGGAGGGCGUAAACCUUCUGCCAACAGGGCUAAGCGACGCAGGCGUAACCCCGACAUGGAUGAGUCCCAGUAUGAGACGGAGUACACGACAGGAGGAGAGACUGGCAACGAGCUUGAUGUGGCAGAGUGGGAGAGCAUGUACCCCGAGAUAACAUCUGACGAACAACGUCACGACUACAAGUCUGAGUUUGAUGCUGACCUUAGGGAGUACAAGCGCAUGUGUGCAGACAUGGACGACAUCAAUGAUCAGUUGAACAAACUCAGCAGGCAGUUGGACACACUAGAUGAGACCUCUGCUAAAUACCAGGGUGUAGCAGAGGAAUACAAUCACCUGAAAGACGUAAAGCGGACAUCAGAGUACCAGUCUAAGAAGAAAGAGUGUCGCAGGCUGAGACACAAACUGUUCCACAUCAAGCGCAUGGUGAAGAAAUACGACAAGAGCCACUCAUAGAUCCACGCAUCUUGACGCCACACUGCAAAUACUACACUCCAAAACGCUUCACUCAGUCUCUGUUAUGAUUGGACCACAGUAACUGGCUUACUGGGACAAUUCCAAUUCACACUGACACACAAGGACAUACAAGGAAUAUACUGGAUGUAAUAACAAUCUAGAAUACUACUUUCUCCCCUAAUACGGCAAACAGAAGUUGACAGUGGACCGUAGAACAAAGAAUAGCAGGAAUGUCAUUUAGUUGCCUCUGACAAAAACACAGCAGACAGUUUACUGACCCACAACAACUGUACACAGGUUUAGUUUGCACACACGGUAAACAGUGUGUGCAAUCUACAAAAUAGCAUGUACUAUUACUGGGCGUGUUGCGAGCGAUUUACUAAGACUGUGUGUGUAAUUGUAAAGUGGUGCAGACCGCCUUGUUUGAAUGAGGAUUUGGCGUGUACUAAACGCAGUAUCACCACGGAGACACUCUCAUUUACUGCACAUUCAUGUUAUCAUGCUCCUACCUGCAGCGUUUUGCUUUGUUUUCAAACAUGCAGGAGACAUGUAAUAAUUGUUAUGGGCAUUUUAAAAGCAGUCUUGCAGUGCAUCUACAUUAAACAACUUCUUUUUUUUCCCGCUUAGGUUGCGCUCAUUGGAGAGAGGCUGCACUUAAAAGACGCAAAAAUGCAUACUCAAAGAAUAUUUUAUUCAUAAAAGAAACAUUUUAAUAACAUACAGUAUAUUCAUUCUGUGUGGAAAAAAAUGGACGUCAUUAAAAAUAUAUUAAAGGACACCAAAACGCAUCAGUGGAAAUUGUUUUAAUCAGCCCCUUAAGUCCUCUAACAGUUAUAAAAUUAUAAAAUGAUGUUACUGAAUAGACGCUAUGUCUAAUAUUUAAACAUUUCUGACAUCCAUAAUGUUGACAGACACAUAGGACGGAGGAUUCUUGUCUGAUCCUGCAGCUGUGUGGAACUGUUGGUUUGCAUCCCCUUUGACACGGGCUAAAUAAAACGCAAAAUAGUGCGUAAAAAUUAAUAGUUAGUUAGUUGUUAAUAAAUCAAAUCGCGUGUGCUAAAUAAUUAUAUUUGCAUUUUCUCCUUCCAGUAUUGGGUUUGUUUUGAUGAUCAGAAUAUAUUUUGCGUAUUAAAAAUGGACUGCACGCCUUAUUCUGCUCACUUAAUAGUCGCAAUCCACUUUGCACACAUUUAGUAGAUCAGCUUUGCGUGUGCUAUCAAGUUUGCUCAUGUUUUAGUACACACAAACCUUUAGUAAAUCAGGGCGUAAGUCUCCAGUUGUUUACUGGACACACAAGGACACAUAAUUGUUCACUGGACACAGAGGGAACAUCAUGGAUGUAAUGAUGAUUUACAAUACUACUUUAUCCUCCAACACUUCAUGUAAGGCAGCAAACAAAAGUUGACAAGGGAUUAAGAACAAAGAAUAACAGGACCGUCUCAUAAAAAAACGGUCCUAGAACAACCACACACAAAUUUAGUUUGGAAACUAACUCUCCAAUUGGCUCUUAUCUCGACAGAUAAGAAUAUUACGUACAGGUUAGCAAGGUUGCUGUGAGCUUCAUUUUAACAUUCAAAGUUCCAACUUUUUGUUCUGUGUGCCAGUGUAUGUGUCUAACAAGCUCUCUGUCACAACUUUGUAAAAAACAAUUUUUAUAACUCCAUGCUGAAUACCAGCGUGACUAAAAAGGGGACUUUUUAUAUUUGUAUUGUACAUAUUCUCAACAACUCCUGAUUAUUCUUUAUGAAUACUUCAGUAAUGAUUUUUCAUUUUAUGCACUGCAGGAAUCAAAGGAAAAACAUUUCUGUAAGUACUGUAUGUUUUAGGUUAUUCACCUAUGAUGACAUAGACCCAGUGUAUUGUUUUCAUAUGAGUGGUCAUUUGAAAUGAGUUCAUGCCUAUGCAAAUUCGGAACAAAAGAGCAAUAUGACACAAAGUUCCUUCCUGACCAAUGAAAAUGAUUAAAUUUUUCGUUAAAGUUUGCAUCUGCUUAGUGUAAGAUGUUACAAUCAAGUGUAUAUUCUCAAGAUUGUUUGUUUGACACACUUGUGAUCUGUGGUUAGUUAGUAAUGUAUGUUUUUGAGGAACAUGGUUGUCUUCUGACAAACUAUUGUUGAGCCAUUUAUUUUUGUAAAGCUAAACUUUAUAACUGCCACCGUCUCUGAUGUAUAAAAAUUUGUGA